AUGAACAUAUCUAUUUGGGCACAAUCCACUUGCAAGCUGAAGGCCAAGUUCAACCUGAACAGCUACAAGAAUGUGGAGAAGAAGAAGGUCGUCAUUGGGGGGAUGUUUCCUGUUCACAUGCGUGUUGCUUCCAGCGGUGGCAACACUUCAAACCUGCCUGUCUCCUCGGGGUGUGAUGGAUUUAAUUUUCGUACCUUCCGCUGGACACAGACCAUGCUGUUCGCCAUCAAUGAAAUUAACCAGAGGGAAGACCUGCUCCCCAACACUGACCUGGGUUACGUUAUCUAUGACUCAUGCUUCACCAUCUCCAAGGCCGUGGAGGGAACCCUAACCUACUUAACGGGACAAGAUGAAGCAGUACCCAACUACCGCUGUGGAAACGGGCCCCCUCUUGCCACAUUAGUGGGUGCUGGAGGUUCUGAUCUGUCCAUUGCUACAGCCAGGAUACUGGGGCUAUAUCAUUUUCCACAGGUCAGCUACUGCUCAACAUGUUCUGCACUGAAUAAUAAGUUCCAGUUCCCCACCUUCUUGAGGACCAUUCCCAACGACCUGCACCAGUCCAAAGCUAUGGCCCAACUGGUGCUUCACUUUGGCUGGACCUGGGUCGGCACCAUAGCUGCUGAUGAUGAUUAUGGCAAAUAUGGCAUCAAGGACUUCAAAGAGCAGGUGGAGGAAGCAGGAGUCUGCAUCUCCUUCUCUGAAACUCUGCCUAAGGUCAGCAAACCAGAGGUCAUCCAGAACAUCGUUCAAACUGUAGUUGAGUCCACAGCCAAGAUCAUUGUGGUCUUCUCGUCAGAUGUGGACCUUAGUCCUCUCAUCGGUGAACUUCUCCGCCACAAUGUGACGAACCGUACUUGGAUUGCCAGCGAGGCCUGGGUCACCUCUGCCCUCAUCAGUCAGUCCGGGCUGAACUCAGUCCUGUCUGGUACCCUUGGCUUUGGGGUGAAAAAGGCUGACAUCCCUGGUCUUCGGCGCCAUCUACUGAAUCUGGAUCCCUAUGCAGACGCCCUCACAGAGGAAUUCUGGGAGACGUUGUUUAACUGCACACUGGACUAUAGCAGAGCGCUGAGAAUGGCCAAAGAGAGAGCCGUGGGGGUGAACGGCACACUGUCCAGAGCAGCGAUGGGGUUACCAGAUGGUCUGUGUAGUGGCAGUGAGUCUGUGGCUCAGCUCAAUAAUACCUACUCUGAUGUCUCUCAGUUACGAAUCACUUACAGUGUUUACAAAGCAGUGUAUGCUGUGGCUCACGCCUUGCACAACCUGGAGCACUGUGAAGAAGGAAAGGGCCCCUUUGUUGGGGGCAGCUGUGCCAACAUCACUAAUUUUGAGCCUUGGCAGCUGAUGUAUUAUGUGAAGAACGUGCGUUACAAAAUGCCGAACACUGGGGAGGAGAUCUACUUUGAAGAUGGUGACAUAGAGGGCUUCUAUGACAUUAUUAACUGGCAAGUCAAUGGUAAUGGAGAGAUAUAUUAUGUCACCGUGGGACACUACAAUGGAUCUGCAGCUCCAGAGGAGAAGAUGCACAUAAUGAAUGACUCCAUUAUUUGGAACAAUGGAGAACUGGAGCCUCCUCGGUCAGUGUGCAGCGAGAACUGUCAGCCCGGGACCAGGAAGGGAAUCCGGCAGGGGGAGCCCGUCUGUUGUUUUGACUGCAUCCCAUGUGCUGACGGAGAAAUCAGUAACACCACAAAUGCCCGUGAAUGCAUCCUCUGCACUGGAGAUGACUGGUCUAACACUGCCCAUGAUGCCUGUGUGCCUAAAAUCAUUGAGUUCCUGGCCUUUGGAGAACCUUUGGGAAUUACUCUGAUAGUCAUCUCUGCCUUUGGAGCUUUAGUAACCAUAGCUGUUGGGGUGGUGUUUCUUAUGCACAUUGGCACCCCUCUGGUCAAAGCCAAUGAUGCCCUGUUGAGUUUCUUGUUGCUCUUGUCUCUCGUUGUAACCUUCCUCUGCUCCAUCGUCUUCCUUGGAGAGCCACAAAACUGGAGCUGUAUGACCAGCCAAGUAGCUUUAGCUCUUGGCUUUGCUCUGUGCCUGUCCUGCAUUAUGGGGAAGGCAGCUGUGCUGAUGGUCAGAGCUCGAGCUCUGAAAAAGGCCAGAGCCAAAACCAGGGCAGCUGCCAAAGCUGCCAAAGCUGCAGCUGAAGCAGCAGCUAACAGUGGCAGUCCUGAUGUGAUAGUAACCAGCUCCAACAAUGAUAUUGCUGCUUCGGAUAAGCCUGAAGUUGACACUCUGACUUUUGGCCACCAGAGGGCAAUGGCUGCUGUGGCAACAUUAAUACAGGCUGUAGCAUGCACUGUUUGGCUCAUCAUCCUCCCUCCACACCCGGUCAAGAACACCGCUGCCCAGAAUGUAAAGAUUAUUCUGGAGUGUGAUGAAGGCUCUGUGGUCUUCAUCUGUUGUAUCUUUGGGUAUGACAUCCUGCUGGCUCUGCUGGCUUUCAUCUUUGCCUUUAUAGCCCGCAAACUGGAAGAUCACUUCAGUGAAGCCAAGUGUAUGACCUUCGGCAUGCUGGUCUUCUUCAUUGUCUGGAUCUCCUUUGUCCCAGCUUACCUCAGCACACGAGGAAAGUUCAUGGUUGCUGUCCAGAUUUUUGCCAUUCUAGCUUCCAGCUUCGGCCUGCUCUCCUGCAUCUUCCUCCCCAAGUGCUACAUUCUUUUGGCCAAGCCCGAGCGCAACAAAGAGGAACUGAUGAAGCCCAGGCCCAAACCCAAAGAUGGCUCCUCCACUGGGACGUCGGCAUCUUUUGCCACAGCUGCUACUGAUGUCAAUGCAUCAUUUGCAUCCACGGCUAUUGAUGAUCAGCCUGGAAACUAAUAUGAUUCAGAAAAAACAUCUAAAAAUGAAUAAUAAAUUGGUCAGAGAGUCAGAGAACAAUAAAUAUCCUUGUUGUCUAGGUUUUCAGUUUGUUGAAAACUGCUGUGAUAUUUGCUUCGGCAACAAAAGGAGGUGCAACAUGUUUAUUCUCCUGCUGUCUAAAUGUAGCUUAUUUAAAAUGGAUCCAAUGUUUACCUCUCUCAUUUUCUUAAGGAAAACUAGAUGCUUUAGUUAAGAUUUGGAGAAGAACUUUUCGCUAAAAAGUUUGACUUUAUAUUACUUCAAUAACCUCUGUAUGUUUUACAGUUUAACAUAAC